CCAUACAUCCACGUGUCAGGCCCUGGUUCCCCCUGGCCCCUGCCCCAUUUUCUCCACCGUCACCUCAAGUCCUUAAGGAUUAAGUAACUCUGGCCUGGUGUACUCUGCGGUCUGACUAUAAAAUUGUAGGCGAGAGGGAGGAAUCAGAGAGAGAGAGAGAGAGAGAGAGAGAGAGAGAGGUUGGUUAAAAACUUAAAACAUGGUCUAUAAUUUGGGAUCUUCUAGCUAGGCUCACCCCCUAAUCCACAGAGUACAUCCUCACCCCACAAAUAUAUUAUUCAAACAGAAUUCUUAUAGACCAUACGAGUGGGUUUGGGUUUGGGUCAUCUUCUUUCUUCCCCACUCCGUUCCACAACCCUUUACAGAUAGAUAGAUAGAUUAGGAUUUAGAGAUUCCCGACAUGCUCUCUUCUCAUCCGAAUCCCAACUGUUUAGUUCAAUCAUCCACUUGUGCUGUGCACCGUUGUUGGGUCUCUUCCGAGGGUCAUCUUACGCCCAAGAUUAAUCUUGUUCUUGUCUCCCUUUCUCUUCUUCAGAUUGAUCUAUAUUCUAGCACUCCGAUCAAAGGGUUGGUUGCUUGUUUGGUUUGUUUAGAUCAAACAAGAGAGAACAGUACUCGAUUAUCGCUUCGUCUUCUGUCUAGUUUUCUUAAGCCAUGGGUUUGAGUUCCAAGCAAGUGUCCGUUGAUGGGUUGGAGCUGGAUUGGGGUGGUCAUAGCUUGUUGCAGGCUGGAGCUCUGGAUCUUCCGAAGCCUCCUGAGGUGACACAGCAACAGCAGCCGACCCCGCUGAAGUGCCCCAGGUGCGGUUCUACCAACACCAAGUUUUGUUACUACAACAACUAUAAUCGGUCGCAGCCGCGUCAUUUCUGCAAGGCCUGUAAGAGACACUGGACUAAUGGAGGUACGCUCCGUAACGUUCCCGUUGGUGGUGGACACAAGAAUAAGCGGCUGAAGACCACCCCUACAACCACCACCGCCAGUAACUCCGCCACUACCACCACCACCACCUCCAACACUGGUCGUCUAAGUUGCAGUACUAAUAAUAAUAUAGCAAUUCAAGCUCAGCAGAAGUUGCAGCUGCAAGAAGGACAUCUUCCUCUUGCUCUUGGUGAUUCGAAAAGCAUCUCUGAUAUCCUCUAUCAGGCGCUUCUUCAUCCACCAUCGUCGUCAUCGUCGCUACUGCUGUCUUCGCAGACUGGUUAUAGUAGCAAGGUGAGCAACAACGAGGACAGCGACAUCGUCAACAUCAACAGCAACAGCUUACUGGAUUCAACGUUGUCUUUGCCUCCUACGCCCAGCUUUCCAUAUACAAGUUUAAGCUCCUUCGACAACAACCCCUCUUCAAUAUCCUCCUCUUUUAUCCGAGGCUUUCAACCAUCAAAUGUGUAUAGUGGUUACACCGGAGAAGCUGAAACCGCCGAGGACUCCACCAUCACCACCACCACCAUUACCACGACGAACACCAGCUUGCCCAUGACACCGCCGUGGCAGGUACCCGUGACAAGUGGUUUCAUGGAUUCGAUGGGCUACUGGAGCUGGGACGAUUUAACUUCAUUCGUCACCGCUGAUCUUAAGCAGCCUUGGGAAGACACCCAACAGCAAUAACAGAGAAAAUUUUAGUUUCUAACGCAGAAGCCUCUCUCUCUCUCUCUCUCUCUCUCUCUCUCUCCUUCUCUGGGUGUAUGUGGGAGCUCUUCUUAAUUGAGAGAGACAUCGACUGUUUGAAGCUGUCGUUUUUAGUUUGGGCUUCAGGUCAGUACAACCGUCCAUGUCUCUUUCUGCAAGCAGAUUGGGCUUGCUGAAUGAUGGUGAUUAAAUUCUUGUAUUUUGUAGACAUACAUAGAAGUACAUUUGGAAUUUCCUGUUUACAUAGAUUCAAUUUCCCAUUGUUUGGAUUAUCACUUUCUCAUCCCUUUCUUCUGUUCUGUUGUUUUAAUUAGUCUGGACUCCAGGAUUCAAAGCCUGAGAAAUGAAAAUGUUCAGAAUUGAAUUAGCGAUGAACUAAUUCAUUCGUCAUAGGGUCCACGGUUCUGCUUCCUUUCCUUGUUGAAGAGGCUCUGUUCAA